AAGGUUGAUACAAAUUAAAGGUAUGUUUGUCGUGGCAGGAUAGCGUCAUCUGGUGGCGACGAGGAGGGCAACACUUCCUUGGAACGAAGAACGCGGUAAAACGAUUUUCCGGUGAACGUAAUAAGGAAGAAAGCAGCAUGGCAUCCGACAGCAUCAUGGCUAACCGUAACGGCCAGGAGGCCGUCUCCUUGAACGGGGAGCCGGUCGUUAAACGACCCAGGGACAGCGUCGAACCGGACUUGUCACUCCGCGCGCCGAAGGAGCCCCAGAACAAAGUGACCGUAGUGCUCGGAGCUCAGUGGGGCGACGAGGGGAAAGGGAAAGUUGUUGACUUGCUCGCCAUGGAUGCGGAUAUUGUCUGCAGGUGUCAGGGAGGCAACAACGCAGGACACACCGUGGUGGUGGACUCAGUGGAGUACGACUUCCACCUCCUGCCCAGUGGGGUCCUCAACAAGAAGGCGACCUCCUUCAUCGGCAACGGAGUGGUGAUCCACCUACCGGGUCUGUUUGAGGAGGCGGAAAAAAACCUGAACAAAGGCAAAGGACUUCAAGGAUGGGAGGAGAGAUUAAAGAUUUCUGAUCGCGCCCACAUCGGUCAGUGGAUGAUGUUUCUUCAGCCUGAAUGUUGUAUUCAUAACAGACGUUUCACUCACGCUUUGUUGUGUCCUCUAGUGUUCAACUUCCAUCAAGCUGUUGAUGGGAUCCAGGAGCAGCAGAGGCAGCAGCAAGAAGGGAAAAAUUUAGGAACCACGAAGAAAGGCAUCGGCCCGGCCUACUCCUCCAAAGCUGCUCGCAACGGCCUGCGAGUCUGUGACCUUGUCUCAGAUUUCAAGGUUUUUGAGGACAAAUUCCGAAUGCUGGCCGAACAUUUCCUAACGAUGUAUCCAAACCUGAACGUGGACGUCGACGGGGAGCUGAAGCAGCUGAAGGAGUUUGCAGAGAGGCUGCGCCCUCUGGUGACAGAUGGUGUGUACUUCAUGCACAAAGCACUGACUGGACCCAGUAAGAAGAUCCUGGUGGAGGGGGCCAAUGCUGCUCUGCUGGACAUUGACUUUGGGACAUAUCCUUUUGUGACGUCCUCUAACUGCACCGUGGGUGGCGUCUGCACUGGACUCGGGGUUCCCCCGUCCUACGUUGGCCGAGUGUACGGCGUGGUCAAAGCCUACACAACCCGAGUGGGCGUUGGUGCUUUCCCCACAGAGCAGGACAGCGAAAUCGGGGAGCUGUUGCAAAGCAGAGGAAGAGAGUUUGGUGUGACGACGGGCCGAAGGAGACGAUGUGGUUGGUUGGACCUGAUCUUGGUCCGAUACGCCCACAUGGUCAACGGCUUCUCUGCAAUCGCCCUGACCAAGCUGGAUAUUUUAGACACGCUGCCUGAGAUUAAAGUGGGUGUGGCCUAUAAGGUCGAUGGAGAACCUCUGCCGAGUUUCCCAGCCAACAUGGACGUUUUGACGCGUGUGUCGGUGGAUUACCAGACGUUGCCCGGCUGGCGCUGCAGCACGGAGUCGGCCAGGAGCUUCGAAGAGCUCCCUUCACAGGCACAAAAUUACAUUCGGUUCAUUGAGGACUUCCUGCAAGUGCCAGUGAAAUGGGUCGGAGUGGGAAAGUCCCGAGAAAGCAUGAUCAAACUCUUUUGAUCCCCAUCUGCAGUCACCAGCAUCCCAUAAUACCAGAUUACAGAAAUUUAAAGUGCAAACGUCAUCCUAAAGAAACGUGAAUGACGUCACCAGCAAGGCCACGUGUGAAGCCUCCAGCUGCUGCUCCUGUGCCACAUUUACAGGAAGUCUUCAGAUGGAACUUGUACAUUCCUCAAUUUCAUCUCUAUAUAUUUAUUAGGCUGCUAAUAAAUGAAUCCUAGUCAAAAUAAAAGGUUAAUUGUUAGUCAACAGGGAAGAACUGUGUCUAAGCUUUUGAAUUUUAUUUAGCCUGACGGAACUAAAGAAUUUUUUUUUAAGUUAAAGCGUCACUGAUGAACAGAUGUAGAAGCGUUUGUAUGACAAGGACUUCAAAAUAAGACAUGUUAAAUUCCAUCAUACACUUGUUACGAUGGUGAUGCUUUUUCUGUUUCGUCAAAGUGACAUUAAAAGCAUUACAUCUUUAUCAGUAGUGUGAGUGAAGUUCUAGUUUUAAAGAUAUGAGUUGUUUUCACUUCCUCACCGGCUUUUGGUGUAAAUGUAAAGACAACAGAUGAACAGAGUACAUGGUGAUGUUUUCAACCUUCAGACAAGAAUGGAGGAAUUUCAUCACCAAUAAAAGGAAUUUCUCAUCUUUA